CCCAAAGAAGGAGGCCGACCGUUCCGUCCGUUUCGUAGCGCCCAAUCGGACCCUCGGGAAAUGGCCGCGAGCAGCUUUUUCGUGGGACGCACGUCCAUUCUCAGGAGACAGGCGCUUCCGGCGCGAGCGAAGGAUAGAAAGAAGCCGAACGUGACGGCCGUGGAGAGAAAGGCGGACGUGUCCGACGCGCCGCGCGGGAUUGGUAUGCCUAGGUUGGUCUAUUUCUGGAACAGGUUCGGCCGAAAAGAGGGCGAGCCCCUGGAAACGCUCGACCUGCCCUGGAAGCCCGGAGAAGAGCCAAGUUGGCUGGAUCAGAUAUGCGAGCCGUACGAAACCAUCAUCGAGCCGACCAAGCAGCUGGACCCCGGCGUGAUCGGCGCCAGGCGCUACAAAAAGGCGAUCAACCGGAAGAACAUCAAAGAGAAAAACGAGUCUCUGAAGCUGAAGCUUUGGCACGUGCUCCCCAAGAACAGGAAGCAGUCGCCCCCGUGAGCUGGCGAGCCGCUAGGCGCCGCCUGUCGCUCGCGCGAGCGCACGUCGAAGUUUUCCCCAUCGCAAAAACGUGUGAGCUCUGGUUAUAAAAAUAAAAUAAAAUAAAAAAA